AUGUCUACCGUCGCAGACGGGCCUCCUCACGUGGAGUUUCGGCUGCCCAAAUCAAUACAGCCAGCCUCGUACAAACCAACACCUCUGCGCAUCAUCAAGCGGCGGCACGACAACGCAAACUGCUCUGGCGUUACAGACGAGAAUGCUCCUCCGAACGAUGGGGUAGGCCCAAUGCUCAACGCUCUGGGAUUCAUUGGUGAAGAUUUCGGGCUGAACGUUGCCAAGCGCCAUAGCAGACGCAUAACGCCGACCGCAUCGCCUAACAACGCCCUGUUGGGCUACGGCGAGGGGUCUCAGCCUGAGUCCUGGACGAGCCCACUGGAGCCUGCUCGACCUCCAGCAGUGCCAUGGGGUGAAGCACUAGGGCGAUGUCGAGACUUGCUGUCCAAGUCAACACCGCCGGCCAAGAACGCUCGGCGCCGCUGGCCUCUAGGACGAACUCGUCCGAGUUUGGGGCCAUCUAGAUGCCGAACGCCGUCAUCCGGGUCAUCCCUUCGAUCCGACUACGUAUCCGACACUCGCUCGUUCUCGCGGACCUCCACCAUCGGAAGCGCUAGGCGGAAGCUGGCCCUGUGUGCGUUUGGCGACGAAGGCGAGAGCGCGGAUCCGGUGGCAAGCCCAACUCCCCCAGCUUCCCCGCUGUUGCUGAAUGGCAACGUGCAUGCGCAGCCUCUUGUCCUGUCACCAUGCAUCUCAGUGAGAUCCGAAUCCGUGGAGCUAAAGAAUGGCCAGCAGUGGCUUUGGGCAGCAAUCGAGGUGUCGGCAAGGCUCUCGAGCAUUCCGUCGUCGCGAGCUCCUUCAACCGCCAGCGCGCUGAAGGAGGCGACAGGAACAUUUAUAGAUCAUCAGCUAGAUCGCUAUUUUGAGUUUAGGUGUCUAUACGAUCUCACUGUUGAAGUGUUGCCGACCCCUGGCACCGCCAUCGUGCAGCUUCUCGAGGAGCAAGCUUUCCCUACGCAGGUUCCCUGCUCGUGGAGACUGUCCGUUCCGAGUUUGCUGACAAUGAGAUGCAGAACGAUUUACGCUGGGUCCAGCGUGUUCUUACUGGCCCAGAUCUGCAUCGAGUCGGAAAAGAUUGGAGGACGCGGUCGCAAUGGGCAUGCAAGGCAGAAAUCUGACGAGCUGAUUGAGGAUCUCGAGCUGCAACUAGGAAGCUCGGUUGUGGGAUACAUGCAGGUCCGCGUCUCGUACUCCCACUCCGCGUUCCCCGAGCACAAGACGAUGCGGCCGGGGACGGAAGGGGUGUCUAGCUUGCGAAGCAGGCUGGAGACGACAGCCACGGCCACGCUGAAGAGGCGCAAUAACCUGUCACUGUGGUCGGCGCGCUCGCGGUCAUCCUGCGGCAGCCUUCUUGACAUUGUUCGACUUCACUAG